UGUACAUAUAUAUCGUUGGACUAAAUGUAUUGCCAAUUAUUUGUUUUGUACUAUACUUGACUAUAAUUUAAUGGCUUUCUGAAACAAGUUCCCACUCUAAAUAUAUUAAAAACAUGGGGAUACUUUUUAGAAAGAUCAAGGGGUGGUAGUUAACAUGCCAAAAAAAAAAAAGGUAGAAAAUUACUAGCCUCCAUUUUAACCGGAUAUUUUCCCCCUCCUAGACACUCUUGAAAUUAACCUCUUCUUGUUUUAAAUCGUUUAAAUAGGGAAUUUGACAACUUUAAAGUAAUUCAAACCACAGGGCAAUGGUGAACAAUUCCGCCCAAGCUGCAGCUGUGGAACUUUGCUAUGAGAAUGUGAAUGGAUCCUGCAUUAAAACCUCGUACUCACCGGGUCCUCGAGCAAUUCUGUACACAGUCCUUGGUUUUGGGGCUGUGCUGGCCAUGUUUGGAAACUUACUGGUUAUUAUUGCUAUCCUUCACUUCAAACAGCUGCACACACCUACAAACUUUCUGAUCGUGUCCCUGGCCUGCGCUGACUUCUUGGUGGGGGUGACUGUCAUGCCCUUCAGCACAGUGAGGUCUGUGGAGAGCUGCUGGUACUUCGGGGAGAGUUACUGUAAAUUUCAUACAUGUUUUGAUACUUCCUUCUGUUUUGCCUCUUUAUUUCAUUUAUGCUGUAUCUCCGUUGAUAGAUACAUUGCUGUAACUGAUCCUCUGACUUAUCCAACCAAGUUUACUGUCUUGGUAUCAGGCAUAUGCAUUGUUCUCUCUUGGUUCUUUUCCAUCACCUAUAGCUUUUCCAUCUUCUACACUGGGGCCAAUGAGGAAGGAAUCGAGGACUUGGUUGUUGCUCUCACCUGUGUAGGAGGGUGUCAGGCGCCACUGAAUCAAAAUUGGGUUCUACUUUGUUUUCUUCUAUUCUUUAUACCCACUGUCGCCAUGGUGUUUUUAUAUGGUAAGAUAUUUUUGGUGGCCAAACAUCAGGCUAGGAAGAUAGAAAGUUCAGCCAGCCAUCCUCAGUCUUCCUCAGAGAGUUACAAAGAACGGGUAGCAAAGAGAGAGAGAAAAGCUGCUAAAACAUUGGGUAUUGCUAUGACAGCAUUUCUUGUCUCUUGGCUGCCAUACAUUAUUGAUGCCGUGAUUGAUGCUUACAUGAAUUUUAUAACUCCUCCUUAUGUUUAUGAGAUUUUAGUGUGGUGUGUUUAUUAUAACUCAGCUAUGAAUCCCUUGAUAUAUGCUUUCUUUUACCCAUGGUUUCGGAAGGCAAUAAAACUUAUCAUAAGUGGUAAAGUCUUAAGGAGAGAUUCGUCAACAAUCAAUUUGUUUUCUGAGGAAGCAGAUAUAGAGUGA